AUGGAAGCUCAGGUGGCGCGGCUGCAGCCUCCCACCAUGUCGCCGUUCGCGCCGCUGCCGCACAACACCUGCAAGCACGGCGUCCACCACCACCUCACCACGACGAAGACGACGACAGGGAUGGCCGCCACUUCCGGCAGCACCAACAAUGUCUCCACGGGUGCGGCGGCCGACAUGGCCGCCUACCUCCAGCAGCUGCAGGACGCCGCGGCCGCCGCCGAGGCGGCCAAUAAGAGCAACAGCACCGGCAACGACGCGACCGGCGGCGCGGCGCGCGGGGAGCAGUGCCCGCGGUGCGCGUCGCACGACACCAAGUUCUGCUACUACAACAACUACAACACGUCGCAGCCGCGGCACUUCUGCCGCGCCUGCCGCCGCUACUGGACGCUGGGCGGCUCCCUCCGCAACGUCCCCAUCGGCGGGUCCACGCGCAAGCGCCCGCGCCUGGCGCACCACCACCAGCACCAGCAAGCCAGGCGCGCUCCGGCGGCGGCGCACGUCUUCGGCGGCCUCGGCCUCGGCGCUGGCGCGGCUCCGCCGAUGAUGAUGCCUCCCCUGCAGCCGUCGUCGUCGUCGUCGCAGGGACAGGGCGGCAGCCUACUCGGCUCGCUGUUCGCGCUCGGCGCCGCGGGGCCGCUGCUGGAAGGCCGCGGCGCAGGCUCGUCGUCGUUCGACUUCGACCUCGGGCUCAGGCUCCCGACAACCGGGCCCUUACACCUGGGCGCGGGCGCCGGCGAGGCGGUGGCCGUGCAAAUGCAAGGCCUCGGGCUCAGGGGAGGUGGUGGCUCCGCAGCCGGGUCGUCGUCGUCCUUCCUCUGGCCCGCGGGGCUGCUGCUGGACAACGACAGCGUGGACACGUGGAAGAUGCCACCAGGCGCCGGUACGGGUUCAAUGUGGCCGGACUUCUCCGCUGCUACGGCGGCGCCACAAACCGGCGGGAUGUUGCAUGGCGGGGGCCACCUGAUGUGA